GAGAAGACCGGGCGGUGGACGGACGAGGAGCACACGCGGUUCCUGCACGGGCUGGAGCUCUUCGGGAAGAAGUGGACCAAGGUCGCGGACGUCGUCGGCUCGCGGACGACGGUGCAGGUCCGGUCGCACGCGCAAAAGUACUUCCAGAAGCUGGAGAAGGAC